CCGCCACGUCCAAGUUAUGGCCCGCCGCCACAGUCGCUACCAUCGACAUUCCCUGCACCAUUAUUUAAGCCAGAGCAUUCUCCGGCCAGCUCUUAUGGGCCACCACCUUCUGGCCCGCUCAAUUUGCCGCCAAAACCCGUCUAUGGUCCACCCAAGCCCUCUUAUGGUCCACCGCCUUUGCCUUUAGGAAUAACUGGUCCCGGACCAGCACCUGCUAAUUUCAAUAGAGUGCCCGAAACCACGAUUAUACUAACAAGUGGAGGCGGUUCUUCUGGCGGUCAAGGUGGCGGUGGCAUUAUUGGAGGCGGCGGUGGCGGCGGCGGUGGCGGCGGUCCAGUUAAACAAGUACAAAUCCAAAUCGACGCGUCAGGUCAUACGCACAGCGUGAGUGGCUCACAAGCUCCCUUUCACACUGCAUGCGAUGGCUGGAAGCCCAUACCGGCACCAUCUGGCUCCUACGUAGAGGGCAACAACAUCGACACUCAAUCCGGUUAUAGUCAAGUCGCUCAGAGUAACUUCGGUACACAGUAUAGUGGUGGGGCAGGUGUAUCUGGCGGAGGUGUCGGUGCAACUGGCAGUGGUGGCAACGUUCUUGAUGGACUGACGGAUGCACAACUGGUUGCCGUAGCACUACAAUCGGGUGACUUCGGUACACACAUACGCGGCCCUGAGCUCCCACCAUCUGGGCCAGCAGGUGACUUUAAGCAACAAAACAUCAAUUCAAUUGAAACUGACGCACUACAGGUUUCUCUUGGCGUCGGUGAUGAUUCGUACAGCAAACCACCGCUAGACUCCUUCGCUCCCGGCUCAAUUCAUGCGCAGAAAUACAACAGCAUUGGUGGUAAUGGCGCACCACCUCCACCCAGUGGUAAUUAUGGCCCACCUUCGCCAGUGAACAGCUAUGGUCCACCACCCAGCGGUAACUAUUUGCCGGCUCCAAGUGGAAAUUACGGACCGCCACCACUACCCAGUGAUAAUUAUGGUCCACCACCGCCACAAGCUUCUGGCGGUCGUUUUGUACAAGAACAGCAUUCCUCAUCGUCCUCUUCCUCCUCAUCCCACGUUGGCCUCCAAUAUGGAUCACAGUCUGGUAAUGUACUUAAUGUUCCAACGCACGGUGCUUCGCAACCCAGCCGUCCGGUGGCCUUCCGUCCGCCCGUGCCUCAGGGUCUACUCGAGUCGAUUGGCGCCACAGUACAGCAUUUGGAUCAGUUUGGAGUGAAACCACCUACCCAGUCACCCACAUACAUUCCACCCGCUGCUAAUGAAAUUGCCGAACAUGGGUCUGGUAAUCUUGGUCCUGAUUAUGCGCCGCCUCCACCGCCUGCGCAAGUAAACAUUCCUCUCGGCGUGAUUGAGCAACAGUUGCCGCAACAGCAACCGCCUCGGGUCUUCGCACAGGAACAACAUGGCAACUCACUGAACCAAUACGGCCCACCCUUGUCACCACCUCCACCACAGCAACAGUAUCGGCCUCCACCACCACCACCACCACCACAGCAAGAGCAACAACAACAUGGUCGUCCCUUCCCACCACCACCAUCCCAACAAUACCUACCCCCUCCUCAAACUGGCCCAGUGACAUUCGAACAGCAAAAUAGUGCCGCUUCAGGCUCUAACUUCGAAAGCGCCUAUGCCUCUUCGCAGCAAAACGAACAGUUCAUUCAUGCGCAAGGCUUGCCACUACUGCAAGAACCCCGCUUCGCACAAGUGCACGAUUGCGGCCAAGGGCCAAAUCUAGUCGGCGCAGGCUAUCAAUUGCAGCAACAAAACCAGUACCAGCAGCAGCAACAGCAAUUCCAGCAGCAGCAUGCACAACAAUAUUCGGCCUCCAACUCAAUCUCUAGCACUUCAUCAAAUGCAUACAACGCCAUUUCACAAAGCAUUCCUGUGGCCGAGCAGCAUACGCAAUUCCUCGAACAAGAGCCAGCAGAUAGCUACGGAUUACCGCAGUCGGGUAACGACAUCGAUCACGACUACGAUGGCUAUGCGUCACAGAAGUCUGCAGUGGCCGCUUUGCCAGACGGCACCGACCCACAAGAUCUACCCGGCCUCGAUGGGCUCAAUGUGAUUUCAGCACAAAAAUCACAGUCUAUACAGCUUUCACCCGAGCAGGUAAGUGGCGCAGCGCACUCGCAACACGAACCGACUUUCCAGUUGGAUAUCGCGGGCAAUGGCGUCAAGUCGAUUCAAACCGAGCAAUCGGCCAACCAUGAGGAAAUACUCUCCGAAGGUUUACUGCAGUCCAUUUUGACGGCCAUCGAACAGCCCCAGUCCAAGAAUGUGCAACACCAGCAUUCCGUGCAAGUGAUCACAAAUCAAAAUAGCGGCUCUUAUGGCCAUGGCGCACAAAGUCGUUCCGAUACAGACAUUAGCGAAGAUGCAACGCCCGACGACGAACACGAGCCAGAAGUUGCGGAAUCCGAAAAGGUUGAAGUGCAUGUAAAUGCCGAUGGCGAAGAAAUGGCGACUGUAAAGGAACUUAAACCGAUUGUGGCAGCAGAGGUAGAAGAUGAGCAAGCGAAGCAUUAGCGGAAAGUGAAAUAAAAAAUUACUAUUGGGUAUUGAUAUGAAAACCAGUCACAAAAAAAAAAAUGUGGCGCACACACCGCAUGCUUUACAGCGACUGGGUGUAUAUUCGUAGUUACAUAUGUAAGAUCGAUGCUAGUUACCAUUAAAAUUCUUAUGCAACUACUUAAUUUAUUAUUAAUCGAUAAUCACAGGAUAUUUAAUGUUUUGAAUGAACGAAUUUUCAUCACCAAGCAAUGAAAUAUUUACUACCAUAAGCUGUCAUUAGUGUUUAAGUUCUUACCUAUAUCGCGCCAUUCUAUUUAUUAUUAAGCGUGGCAUUCAUUCUCUUUUCAUGUCAUGCACCAUUCGUUCUUCAUCACUUUUCAUUAAAGUUGCCAUAUGUUAAUUUAUGUAUGUAUAUAGCUUUGCCUUUGUUCUGGGAAAAUCUAAACCAUGUUUGUUUAUAUUUUUCAACAUCUCCAAGGAAUAAGAACAUUUGGCAAAAUGAAGAAAGCACCUUUUCAUUAAAUAACUAAACGAAAAGCUAUUAUUAACGAGCAAAAAAUCAUGUAAAUUAUAUAAUAAUAAUAAAAUACUUAUGUCUAUAUA